AUGGAGGCUGAGCAGUAUGCUUAUCGCGAUGAAUACCAGGAAGUAAGUGGUCGUACAGACGGUGGCCCACCUGGUGGAUAUCAGUAUCUUAUGAGCUCAUUUUGACAACGACGUGCCCAUACAUUGACUUUUUCUUUUACUGUCACAUGUGCUAAAAGUAAAAGAUCUCCAAUUUUUGAAUAUGGCUUGCUAUUUGCUUGUAGCGGCCCAACAUCAAGCAAUACUGCUCCCGUCCUCGGUUGUACGUUUUCUCUCAAGUUAGCAGCUCAACAUAGUAGUACAACGGCAAGUAAAUAAUCAUGUUUACAGAGGACAUUACAUAUACAUGACCUGCUGAUUAUUCUGACUUUUCUGCUGCCGAGGACGAUGACUACAACAAUUACAACGAUCACCAGUUGUAUCUAUAAGAAUGAAGAUGAUAAGAACUACACCUCCACCAAGACCAACUACAAAAAUUGUUCUAUAAAGCAACUAGCGAAUGCGACAAACACAUCCGCAUCAGAAGGAGCUUUCAAAGGACCCAUGUCGAAUAAAGCGAUGAUGACCGCAGGAGCUCCUCCUGGAACUGCAUCCACAACCGCCACGGACGAUAGGCGCACGACGAAGAGCAGCUGGUCGUCCACACAGAGUCUUCUCAAUGGGGCGAGACUGAUCGAAGAGCAGGCUGGGAAUUUCAAUUAAGCCCUAAGAAUUCACCAAGGCCUACGCCAUCAUCACUAAUCUAGUAGCCACGUAUAAUUUAAAAACAAAUCCAUAUUUGCCCAUCCUGAGAGAGAGACUCCUCAGAUUGAUUUUUGAAAUUUUCAUCCUGCUAACGGGGUUCUCCAUUUUCUUUUUCUUUGGUCUAAUGUGGAGGAGACCAACAGGACAGCUGCGAGAAUGUGUACAGCUACUUCAACGGUGGUACUGCGAACCAGGCGCUACAUGGUACAGAGAAUGCAGCGUCUGCACUGGCCGCAGAUGCGGCAGAUGCUAGCAUCAUGUUUUACGGAGCCAACCCAUACAGCUUAAGGCUCAAAGGAAUUCAUUUUCACUGUUCAUGCUCUUCUGUUUCCUCUUUGGGAUAAUUCUGGAGAAAUGAGAAGUAAAGAAGUGAAUUGUCUUGAGCUCUAACAUACCUACCGGGCUUUACUGGUGGAAACGGCGGCGCCGUUAGCACGAGUCUUGAGG